AUGCACCACCCUGCAGGCUCCUUCCUGUUCUCGGAUGUGAUCGCUGCGGAGGCGGUGGAGCACCCGCUCAGUGAGUGUCAGUGGUUCCACGGCACGCUGUCCCGCCUCAAAGCGGCUCAGCUGGUGUUGGCGGGAGGACCGGCGAGCCACGGUGUGUUCCUGGUGCGACAGAGCGAGACGCGUCGCGGAGAGUACGUCCUCACCUUUAACUUCCAGGGCAAGGCCAAGCACCUGCGUCUGUCCCUGAACGAGGACGGUCAGUGCCGUGUGCAGCACCUCUGGUUCCAGUCCAUCUUCGACAUGUUGGAGCACUUCCGUGUGCACCCCAUCCCCCUGGAGUCCGGCGGAGCCUCCGACGUCACACUCAUCAGCUUUGUAGGGGCCACCGCUGUUCGCCAGCCAGGUACCGUCCCCACGACCCUGCCCCUUCAUUUAUCGAUUCAUGGAAUAAAAC